AUGCCAACUACAUCGCAAUUUAGUCACAAAAGAACAGUGGAUCAUGUGGAAAAUGACAAUCAAAUGUUCGAAAAUUAUCCAAUACCUGCAACCGAGAAUCGAUAUAGAAUUCAAUAUACAAAUACACAAUUACGUCAUCAACUUUAUCGUUCGAUACUUAAUGAUUCCGUUUUAAAAGAAAUAAUUAGAAAAUCAAGCCAUUCUUUAAUUCAUACUUAUGCCAAUGAUUCAAUUGGUAUAUAUUGUUGUAUAAAUGAGACUAAUAACAACGUCAACGAUCAUAACGCUAUUAAAAAUCAUGAAGAUACCAUUGAAUUUAUUUCACAAUGGUUACAAUUAUUUGAACAAAAUGAUCCUGUUAAACUAGUCGACAAAAACGAAAAACAAAUAUGGUUAAUAUCGCAUGUUUAUACAUCCGUUGAAUAUAAUAGAAACCAUUUGAAAUCAUUGUAUGCUGCUUGUCGAACACUUGAUCAAUUGAGAACAACAAAUUAUAAAACACAUUUACGUGAUGAAUUAAAGAAUAAUAACAUGAAUCGUAUAGAAUUUGAAGAGAAAAUUUUUUGUGAAAUGUUUAGUUCUUUAUGGAAGGUGUUAGAUGAAUUAUGUAAUAAGCAUAAAAGUGAUCAAGAUCUUUUAGCGUGGAUACAAAUUUAUACAUUUAUAUCCUGUCAUUAUCCGUCUGAAAAGGUACUACAUACAACUGAAUUACUUAAAAUUAAAAGAGAAAUUGGAUUAAUGCAUUUAUGCUAUAUUAUAAGUCUAAAUGAAAACAUAUCAUCAUUAAUUGAAUUAUUACAUAAGAUUAUCAAUAAUGAUUUAUUCAAUGAUGGUUGCCUAAAUGGAAUAAAAAAUAUAAUAGAUUUGAUUUGUCAACAUCAACAACAAUCAAAGACAUCUACACACGAUUCUAGUAAACUCUUAUUCGAUAUUAUACAAUGGCUAUUGUCAUUAUUAGAAAUUAAAACAUUGUCAAGAGCAGAAAAUGUUGUGAUUGAAACUGAGACUUUACUUAAAUUUAUCAAUCAAUCAACAGUACAAUUUUCUGUUAAGCAAUAUAUUUUUGAUCAAAUUUCAAUUUUAACUGUGAAAAAAAACUUUAAUACGAUCGCUCAUUGA